CAGGCAUAUUCUGCCCAGGAAGAUCUGGAAAAGACCAAAGAAGAACUUAAAAUAGUAAUGUCUGCUCCACCUCCUCCCCCGCCGCUGCUUCAUCCACCACCUGCGGCUCCUGUUGAAAAUGAGCACGAUGAACAGGAUGAGAACAAUGCUGAGGCCAGUGCCGAGCUGUCUUCUGAUGGUGUGAUGAACCAUAGGAGCGAAGAGGAGCGGCUAACAGAAACCCAGAAGAAUGAACGCGUCAAGAAACAACUUCAGGUAAAGAAUAUGUGUGAACCAAUUCUCUGUGAAUGGGUUGGAAUCUCAAAUUUGACUUUUGAGAGACAUUGGCUUGCUGUGUAUAGAAGGUAUGGUUUCUUAUAAAAAUUUUAAUUGUCUCAUCUAUUCGUAAAUUCCCCCAUCAAUAAUCGUACAAACCAAUGUGGAAUAUAUUGGCGCUUUAUAAAUGAUAAAAUGAAUAAUAAUAAUGUCUGUAUUUCUGACAAAAAAAAGAAAAGAAGUAUGCCACAACUAAAUUGAAUGGUGACCUAGUGUGUCCUUUAAGGGCUGUUCAGAAAGUAAUGUGGAUAGCCAUAGUCAUAGUUGUAUGAUUAGUUGAAAGAUUGGGAAUCAGCAUUGUGCUUCUAGAAUACAUUCUGAGACCAAUUGUUCUAGAGUACAUUCAUUUUGUUGAUAAAGGGCUUAAAAUUUGAGUUCCUACGCUACUAGCCUGGCCUUAAGUUGCUCGCCACUGCAAGUCCUGUAGUUUUGAAGUUUUCAUUCUAAUUGUAUUUUUGGGGAGGAGGGUGUCUGUUCAUAAUUUGAUGGUUUUUUUUUUUUGUUUUCUUUUAGGCUUUGAGUUCUGAGCUAGCUCAAGCAAGAGAUGAAACUAAGAAGACACAAAACGAUGUUCUUCAUGCAGAGAACGUAAAAGCUGGCCGCGACAAGUACAAGACGCUCCGCCAGAUACGACAAGGCAACACAAAGCAGCGUAUUGAUGAGUUUGAGGCAAUGUGAAAAUGUGCUCUGCUACUUGUCCUACAUAAUGCUGAACAACCAACAGAUGUAGAAAGUAGGCCUUUGCAGAAUUGAUGGAACGUGCCCCACCUUGCCAAAGCACUUGUACCAGUCUUACUGUGGACGUUAAAAGUCAACGAAGACAUUAACAUUAUUUCAAAGUUCGCGUUUUCUGUAUGUUCUGAUUUUGAGUUUGUAACACCAUAUCAAUGUGUCGUCCAUAUUUUUGUUUCUGACUAUUUUUUGGGAAAGGUAGGCAUUCACUACUAAAGCUUUUACUUUGCGUUUUGGAAGAACAUGUCUAAUGUAAUGCUGAGAACUGACGUGAAUUGGCAUGUUCUGAAUUUGGAUUAUUUAGUAGGCUGCAAAGCUAGGAUGUGGAUUAUGUACGUUAUUCUGUUUAACAUGGGGUUUGUUUAUAAUUUAAUGUCAGUCAUAUUAAUUUGGUUUUCAUGCCAAUCUCCUUUGAAAGGUCUAGUCCAAUUGAAAAGUAUAACUUGACUUCGAACACUGGUGCACCAAAUUGAUCACAUAAGAUAUGUAUCUAAAUCAGCAGGUACAGAAUGUCUUAUCUGUUAGUUUGAAAUGGCUAUUGAUAUUGCCACAAUGUCAUACUUCCUGGUAAAAUAUUUUAUAAAUAAAUAAAUAAAUAAACUACCAGCUAGCCAUUUCUAGGUAAAGUCGGCAAGGACUCCCAAAAAGAGUGUUGCCUCCUACUACCUCAUAUAGACAAGAUGACUGGUUCUCCUGAUAAAGUCAAUCCUAUAUUUUAUUUAAGAGGCGCUAGUUAUUUUGAUCCCUCUUUUUAUUUUAUAAUUCUUAUAUUUAAUUUUACUGCUACUGCUUAUAUCCUUGUGGCCGUAGUUACUACAUUUAGAACAGAGGGACUCCAAGCUGUAUUUGAGCAGGCGGAUGCCUUUCUAAACCCCUGUUAAAAAUCAUUAAUCCCUGAAAAGGCAUUGCGUUCUUACUUUAUAUAUUGCUAUAUUUCUCAUUCAUCUACUCAAUCAUGCUAUAUUGUAUUAUCAUAUAUAUUUAUAAAAAAAAUUGUGUUUUAUAUGUUGCAUAUAAUUCAGAAUUGGGGGAACUCGUAUAUUAAGACUACAACAACAACAUUCAGAUUGGUGUUCGAAGUUACUAGAUCGCACUCACAAAUGAAAAUGCUAUUAUAGAUUCUAUUUACCAAGUUUUGUUCAUAUAGUGUAAACCAGGAUAGUGGACUUAAGCUUAAAAAAAAAAAAAAAAAGAGUGCAUUUAUUUAUUUCACUCCAUUUUAGAGCAUUUGUGCACCUACAAAGGUUAUUAUUUAGAAAAUUUGAAUCUAUUGCCUGGCUGUGAAAUUUUAACUAAAGCUUGGUCAGACUUCUUUUAGACUAGAAGUCCCUCUGCCGCCAGUCUUUCAUACGAGAAUUGGCAUUUAAGAACUUCAGGAGCAUCUAAUAUAAAGGUUUGUCUUUAUGUGAAGCAUGAACAAAAAAAAGCCAAAUUAUAUAUACAGGCCUGCACUUUGAGUGAGCUAAUAACGAAGUUGUGUUGGCACCUCUCACAUAUUUUGUAUUAUGCUUUAAUUGACACUGGUAGACGGGGGGGACUGUUUAAAGUAAGCUUCCUCAACCUCUGGCCCUCCAGAUGUUGCUAAACUACAACUCCCAUGAUUCUAUGAAUGAAAUAGAUAGGCUGAGAAUCAUGGGAGUUGUAUUUCAGCAUCAUCUGGAGGGCCCGAGUUUGGGGAAGCCUGGUUUAAUGCGUGCUUGAAAACACUUCCUGAUUGGAGUUAGUGUUUAUUUGCUGUGCAUCCUGACUGUGAUGUGUGUUUUGAAGCACGGCCAUACCUUUCCCCCCACCUAGCUCAGUGUGAGACGUGUUCUGCGUUACUCCAGCAGUCUUCUUAAACCAAAGCUUCUGCAUUGUCUUUCACUCAUCCAUACACCAGUCCAGUAGUACUUUUGGGGUAAUGGCUGUUCACUCUAUUUUGGAGGUAUUAAGGUAAAAUUUCAGGCAAACGAUUUUAUUUAGUAUAAACAUAAUUUCCAGAGGAAUCUACGGCAAACAAAAUAAGUAUUUCCUUCAAAGUCUGAUUUAUCUACUAGCAGUAUGUGGCCUACAUUGUCCAAUGCUACAAAGGGAAGAUUUCACAAUACUUUGCAAUCUGAUUUUUCUGAUAUAUAUUUGUGAAUAAACCUGCUGAGGACCCUUUAAUAUUUCAGCACCAAAUGGGUGAGCAACACUUUUUCUAAAGCAAUGUGGGCCUUGAUUUCAUCCUUGUGACAUUAAAACAAAAAACAUACGUUCCUAUAUGGAUAGUCAGUGGGAGAGAAUUCCAAUCUGAAAUGUCCUUGAGUCACUUUUGAGACAUUUGGGUUCACAGUGUUUAAUGUAGAGGUGAUUAAUUGCUAGUGCUCUCAUCUACUGCAGAGGAGGAUGUGAUGGUGCAGAUUCCAGUCCAAAAUUUGCUGGGAACCUUCCAGUUAUUCACCUAUGUCCUAAAUUAGAAAACAUAUUUUUUUUUUUUUUUUGUUUGUUUGUUCCUGUAAUUCAAAGUGUAACUUUUUUUUUCCCCCAUACUGCUUUUCACAGACUGUAUAGAAUUACUAUUGCAGAAAAUAGUGAUUUCUCACUAGCAGAGAAAGGUCGAAAACUAAUUUAAUUAGGGGUCUUUCAAUUUAGCAUUAUUUUCUCUAAGCUUUUUUUGUUGUACAUUAAAGCUACAAUUACAACUAUUUUCAACAAAGUUGUUUAACAAUAAAGAUAUAUUGGAC